AUCCCUCUGAAACAACACACAUCAGAAAUGAGGUUUAAGACAACAGCUGCUGCGUGUUAAUGCGCACAAACGUCCUUCACGGUGAAUGAUAGAUACACUGUAUCGUGACUUUGGAUGCAUCACGCGCAUCUGCUUCGUGUUUUAAGCCUCUAUCAACAAGUUCGUGCGCAGUUUGAAUUGACGUGGAGGAGAGAUGCCGAGGGCAGCCCCAGGCUCCUUUGACGCCGAUACCCAUUUUCAAAAUGAACAGUUUCCUCAUCCUCCAACAUCGUCUUUUGGCUCCAGCGUGAAAGCGGCCAGCUCAGCCAAAAGAAUUACCUUCUACAAGAGUGGCGACGCUCAGUUCAAAGGGGUCAAGAUGGCCAUCCAUAAACGCAGCUUCAAAUGCUUUGAUGCCUUAUUGGAUGACCUUUCCCAAAAGGUUCCUCUACCUUUUGGUGUGCGUACUAUCACGACCCCCAGGGGCACCCACAGCAUUAAACAUUUAGAGCAGUUAGAGGACGGAGGCUGUUACUUGUGCUCUGAUCGCCGCUACGUCAAGCCAAUCAACAUAGAAGCUGCAGGGAAGAGGCUGGCAGUCUGGCACCACCACAACCACCCACAUAAUCCUCGCCGGAAGCCCUCCCGACCUGAGGAAUCCCCCUCGGGACAUCAGCACCACUAUCGGCACCCCAAAAGAAUUGUUCUAGUGAAAAACAAUGACCCUGCUGUUAGGCGAUCCAUCAUUCUGAGCAGACGAACUGCUCGAAGUCUUCGCGUCUUCAUGGACGAGAUUUCAGAACUCAUGCAGUGUCAUGUCAAGAAACUCUACACUCUGGAGGGACGCAAGAUUGACAACAUUCAGAGUCUGAUGCAGUGUCCUAGUGUGCUGGUCUGUGUGGGUCGAGAACCCUUCAGACCGCUGCUCAUGGAAAGCUUAAAGAAGCUCUCAGAUGAAAAGCUUCCAGGAAUGGGCACAAGGUCUCACUCUAGUAUCUGCAGUGAAAGUCAUGAAAGCAAAAAGAAUGUUAACUUUGGCCUGGAGACAAAGAAAAGCAUUAUCCAUCCAAGAUCUGACUCCAGUAAUAGAUCUACAAGAUUCUCUCUUUCUUCAGAAAAGUCCUAUCAGAAUGGAUUAUGCAUGACACCAGGACAGUCCGGUUGCGUCAGCUCCUGUCCUUACAUUAAAGAAGUUGUAGUGAAUGAUGACAUUGAGAAGAGAGUGCUUGUUAACAAAGACGGCAGCCUUUCUGUGGAGAUGAAGGUUCGCUUUCGGCUCUUCAACGAUGAGACUCUCCAGUGGUCCACCGAGAUCAAAAAGUCAGCCACAAAAGUGAAUGACUCUGGCUCCAUAAAAGACAGUGAUUAUCUUCAAGCUAAAGCUGAGUAUUCAGACCCAGACUCCAUCUCUGCAUCUGAAGAGACUGAUGAAGCCUUUGCAUCAAAGUUGCAUCAGAAGCAUCUUGAGGAGACACUUUGUCAGAACUGUUGCAACCACUGCCAAGAGUAUGACAUCUGGAAAAACCCCAUGCACAAAGACCCGGGGGCCUGCAAAUCACCCAGUUCCAGUGGAUCAUCUCACAGAGUUGUACGCAAAAAGUCAUCAGUGGAUAGUACACACACAAUUUCUCGCUCCAGUGGGGAGUACACUGAGCAUGUGGUGGAAAAGGCCUCAUGCUUUCAGCAGACAAUGGAGGAAGCGGACACCAGAGUAGAAUACUGUGCAGUAAGUCGUUGCUGCAAUCGAAGUGAAGUAUCAUCUGCUGGAAUCAUGUCAAAAAGCAAGAGAUCUUGUGAAGACGGCUGUGAGAGUCACAUUAAAAGUAGAUGUUCUCAUACGGAACCUGAAAUCUCUCCUAUGCCACAUUGUGAGGUCUUUAAUGUCAUGGAAGAGCGUCCGAUUUCUGCAGUCAGCAACUCAUCCAAUGUGCUUGAGUCUUUGAAGGAAGAUCAGGAUGAUGAUUAUGAUGACCUGCCUCCAAGCAUCUCAAGAGCAACAGACUGGUCUCAAAGUGAGAGCGAUGAUCAACCCAAAUGUGCUCAUUGUUGUGGCCACCAGACUUCACCAAGAUCUUAUUUGUCCCCUAGACCUCCAAGUAAAGAAUCAAGCAGUGUUGUUCACUCACUGAAGCUGAAAAAGUAUAAAACCACUUUUGCAGCACCAGUAGAGCCAGACGGGAUGAGUACAACAUCUCCAGUUUCAAAAGUGUCCUCCAGGUCCCAUCCAUGUCACUGUGGAGCCAUAACCCCAAGUUCAGCUGCAUCUUGUCAGCAGCACAGGCCUGAGGGGAGGGCUUGUAGUACAAUUUCUAGACAUAGCCAAGCAUCUUGUAAAUCUAGAGGCCAAGCAAGCAACCAUGGAAUCAGUGCAUCAAAUGCUCUGGACAUAUGUGACGGUAAUGCUGAAAACAGAUCUUUAAGUCCCACGUCAGGUGUGUCGAGAAGAUCUGGCAAGUCUUCUGUAUGUUCAUGCAAUCCAGAGGGCAAUGAUCCAGUGAAAGAUGAUUCCACAUUGUUGAAGUCAAACAAAUCUGCUGCAUCCACUUCAAAUGCUCAUGAAAACUGUGAAGCUGUUAAUAAUACAUUGGAAGUGGAAGCUACACGGGAACACUCUGAGUCUGCACAGUCUAAAAAUUCAAAUGCCUCUUCUACUUCAAAAAUCUCCAAAAGGUCCAACUGCUCUGCUCAUGAAAUGUGUUCUAUUGGGAAAUCAUUGAAAUAUGAACAUAAUGAAGCAGAAAGAGCUGAAGAAAGAACCAAAAGUGCCACAUCAGCAAUGUCAGCUGUGUCAGACUUUAUUAUUUCAGAGAGAGAGCCCACACCAGCCUUGGUCCUGACAGAAACAGAUGAAGCUGAAGAAAAAAGCCAAGAAAGAGCUGUCAGCCCAAUGUCUACGCAUUCAAAUUUAUCAGCUGUAUCGAGGACAUCCUACAAAUCAAAAUCUGCACAUUCAGAGAAAGCUAAAAUGCCUAGAUCUUGUAGUCCAAAUGAUUUCAAAGAGGUGCCAUCAAAGUUACUUAAUCCUCAGGGUGAUAAAUCAGCAAGUGCUGCUGCUCAAAAUCAUACCACGUCAGAUAAUCAUUGUGGACAAGACACAGAGUUUCUUCAAGAAGUGAGAUCAACUAGUGCCAUGUCUAAUAAAUCAAACCAAUCUUCUGAACAUCCAUCACAUGCAUCAGAGCAAACAACUAGGUCUGUCAAAUCUUGUUGCGACUUACAAGACAAAGCCACUCCAAAGUCCAGCCUUUUUGAUAUUCAGUGUGAGCUGGAAACUGAAGUAACCACAGGGGAAAGACUAUGCAGUUCACUGUCCAACUGCUCAAAAACUUCUGUAAAGUCAAAUGUAUCCUCAAAGCAUUCACUCACAGAGUCUAAAUCUACGGAAAGAGUUCACAGUGCAAUGUCUGUUAAAACAAAUGCAUCUAAACGGUCUUGUAAGUCCUGCAAAUCAAACCACAACUUUUCAGAAAACACAGUUACCUCAGUACCAAAUGAUGUAACACCUGAAGAAUGUGCAAGUCCAAAAAUCGAGUCAAAGAGAGCUACCAGCACAAUGUCUCAGACCUCAGAAAAGUCUAAUGCCUGCUCUGAAAGAUCUGUUAAAUCCAGUGCAAAGAGCCCUGCAUUCCAGGAAAUGGACAAUGGCAAAGACAUGACACAGAAUGCCUUAACUGUGACCUCUCUAUUGUCUAGGACAAAGAGGUCUCCAUCUCCUAGAUCAAACGAUGACACUAAAAUUAAGAAGACUAAUAGCAGAGCAACAAGUGGGAUGUCAGUAAGUUCUAAUGUAUCAUUGCAAUCCCAAAGAUCCAGUAAAUGUAAUUGUCACAGCUCCUCAAGUUGUAAUUUGAGAGAGACGAAUCCUGAGAAGCUAAAAGAGGAUGCCAAAGAUGAAUCUGAGGAGAGCUUGUCAGGAAAAUCAAAACUGUCAGAUAAAUCUCUUAUCAAUAACAUUAAGUCUUCAGGCAACCAGUUUGAUGAGCCUCUAAGCCCAACAUCAACAGCAUCUGUUUCUCUUGGACUAGGAGAAGAGCACAAGGGUGAAGACUUUGAUGAACGAUCAAUCAGUGGCAUGUCUGCCACCACAGAGGAUGGUGGACAUAAGAUAGAGAAUGUAAAUGGAGUGGAUGCUGAAAGGCCAAUGACAGAAAUGUCUGUGAACUCUGCAACUUCAGACAGACCCAAAAAGUCUCAUCACAAGAACUGCAAGACUCCUGUUCAAGCCCUCUCGCCUGUCUCAGCUGAAAGCAUCAUGUCAGCAGAACCGAAGAACAGAAAGUCAGGAAGCCAGUUAAAUGAAAACAACAUCAGAGUGCCCUCCACUCUGUCACUGUCAUCUUCACGAAGUAAGUCACCCUCCAGAGUUUCACAGAGAAGUGCUAAAAAUACAGUUAUGAAAGAGAGAGAUUGUGAAGCUGUCAACAACACCAACCAUGCAGAAAUGACUGAAACAUCCUCAAAACAUGACCAAAGAGAAACAGCUUCUGGAAAAGCUACACCAGCAAGUGACUGUUUACACUCUUCAAGAGCUCUUCAAAUGUCUAAAAAUAGCCAAACUACUAGAGAGAGUGAUAAAAUAUCUAAAUGUUCUUCCCAAUGUUUGGAAAUGAAUGGACUGAAUAUAAAAUAUAACAGAGACAAUGCUGGGGGGAUGGUUAAGUCUCUUAAAACAUCCACAUCAGACAGAACAUCUGUGAAAAAUUAUGCAUCCAGGCCAAAUUCAGCGGUAAUGUCUGAUAUUUCCCAAAAAUGUAGAAGUCUACCACAACAGAUGCCAAACAAGAAAAAAGCAUCAGACAAUCAUCCUGAUUCUUCAAGUGACAGUGUUUUAUCUCAGGCACUUUCAGCAGCAGAUUUGUUGAGAGAUAUUAUUGAUAAUGCUAGACCAGUGAGUAGAGGAUCAAAGUCAGUUACCUCCAGCAAAAAUGUUGACAAGGUAGAAAAUAAAAGCCAAAAAAGCAGCAGGAGCAAACAUGAGGAUGUCAACAACUCAUCAGAUUGCAACAAAAAGGAACUGGUGCCGUCAUGCUUACCGAACACUUCCCCUAUAGAAGUUGUGAAUGACUGGCUUAGGAACAUUCCCAUUGAAGGCCAUGUUUAUGAAAUGGAUGUGGAACUCACUGAAUAUAUGACCCUGGCUCAAGGUGUUGAGGAAACUUCUGAAAGGGACAAAGGUGAGGCACCAGAAAGUAUAAUUGAGGUAGAGGAACCUUGUGAGGAUCAAGCAGGUGAGAAUCAUAUUCAGCAGGAGACCAAUGACAGUUGCGGUGAAAAAGCACAAUUGGAAACUCAAGAAAUAGAUCCCAACCCUGAAGCAUUAACCAAACAAGACAGUUUACAAAAGCAGUGCCAUUCUUCGGUUCAGGUCAUGAAGGUUUUACUGGGUCCAAAACUAGACAGAUCCACUAGUUUACCUGAAGUCUCCCCUGUUUAUGGCAGAAAAUUAAGUCAGUCUGCUCAAGGGCUGUUGGACUGCCUUGCAAAUUUACGAUUGAUUGACUCAGACUCUAAAAAUGAAAAACAUCGUAAAUAUAAUGAAAUCAUGAUGAUUCUACAGUCCCUCUGGCUCCAAAAGCCCUCUGAGGAUGAACAUAAGAAGCAGAACACAAAGGAACAUCAGUCCGAGGAUGAAUUUAACCCACGGUCUUCAUCUGGGGUUGAUGUAAGCGGCGGCUCCACUGGCUCUGUUAAAGGUAGCGUGAAUGGCAUAGUAGAAAAAAUAGAGACAGCUCAAAGCACAAUACCACCAAUUGCCAAACGAGAAGCCUCAGUCCAAGAUAAACAUGAAGAAGAAAAUGAGGAAAAAUCUACAGCUCCUGCAUGUGAAUGUUUAGAUCCAUCCAAAGUUCUCUCAGAUCCAGUUACUCCAGACAUUGCAGAGCAAGUACUGGGGAGUCCAGUAAAUACACAACUGGAUGAAGACCAAGAAAAUGGCAUAUUACACAAAGAAGAUGUUGAAAGUAGUGAGAAUAAGAAUGAUUCAGAUCAAACACCACAAACAACCUCUUAUAAGAGCUCUGGGAAUGAGAGUUAUACAAUGAAAUCUCAAGAAAAUACAAGCUCAGGAUCUCCACCGUCUGUUCAGAGAGCUCCGCUUACUAAAAGAGUUUCACAAGACCCAGAUCCCAUUUGGGUACUGAGCUUAUUAAAAAAGUUAGAAAAGCAGUUCAUGUUGCAUUAUGCAGAUGCCAUGGCAGAAUUCAAAGUGAGGUGGGAUUUGGAUGACAACGAGAUGCUCGAUACAAUGAUCAGCGAACUGAAAGAGGAAGUACACAAACGGAUUCAGUUAAGUAUUAAUCGAGAACUGCAAAAAAUCCAAAGUCGGGCUGGUAGGGGUCCAAGACCUCCGGGAAAUACUCUAUCCAGAGAGUCUACGGCCCAGACUGAGCAGCGACGCAAACGUCUUCGGGUCAUGCGCAAUAAGUCCAUCUCCAUGUCAAGGAGUGAUGAAAAUUACACUGCGUCAGGUACGGAAAACAGUGAUCAACGCAGUGAUGAUGAAUACUGCCCAUGCGAUGCAUGCAUGAAAAAGAAAAUGGCGUCCAGAGCAGUCCAGCAAGCUCAGGCUUUGAGUUUGGCUCCAGUUAUGAUGGAAUUUGAUCUGCGGAAAAUUUUACAAAUGAAAAAGGAUCCAGCCAAACCUCUAGAAUCAAAGCCAGAAGAACAACGUACAACCAACUUGACUUGUGGAGUUGAUAAAGAAGAAAAAAACUUAGAAGUAGUUCAUGAAGAGGUAGAAGAUACGAAUAAUGGUACUAGAGGCCAUAAUGUUGGGACGGCAAAUCAAGAAGAGCCAGAUGGUGCUCUCAAUGCAGUAGACCAAGGCAAAAAUGCAAACAACAUCAAAGAUGUAUCUUUAGACUCUGAGAAAAGAGAUCCAAAUGAAGAGGAAACAAAUGACAAAAGAGAGUCUGGUGAUGUGGAAGGUGGUGAAGAUGAGGAGAAAGAAGGUGAGCAUGUGAAAGAAGUUGUAAAUGGUAAGACAGACACUGGGGGGAAAGAGGAAGUAGAGUUUGUUGAGGAAGAAACUGAAAAAGGAGAUACAGAAGAGGAUGGUGAGGAGAAAGUCAGUCUUAAGGGAGAUGCAGCAAAUGCAGAAAACAGUGAUAUGUCUGCAAAGGCAGAAAAAGAGAAUGAGAUGACAGAAACUGGUGACGAAACCGAAUCAGGUGACAACGGAGCAGAAACUGAGACUGGGGAAGAGAGUACACAAGACAAGUCUGCAGAAGAUGGUAGUGAAUCUAAAUCAAAUAAAGACUAUACACCUGAAACUACUGAAGGUGAAAAGUCAGAUGAGACACCAAAUGAAGAGUCUGCCAGUGACAAGAAUGCUGAUGGAAACCAAGAUGUAUCUGCAGAGGACGAUGGGACAUCAGACACAGGACAUAACGAGGACCGGCCUGAGGGAAAAGCCAAUGUGCCAAAGGUAAAGAUCGAGGUUGAGGUCAGAGGAGACACAGAAAAUGAAACGGACAAAUGUAGCUCUGUUGAGGAAGAUUUCGAGAAUGAUAAAUCUGAUGAAACCGUUGAUGAUGGCUGUGAGAGCACACUACCAAAGCAGGUAACAAGAACAUCAAUGGAAUCUCAACCAGGAUCUGUGGAGAACUGCACAAAUCAGACAGCGCAAGCUAAACUGAAAGAUCUUCAGAGUUUCAUGGAGAGUGUUGAAAGUCAAGGAGACAACAUGGUUGUGAUUACUAAACAACCACCAUACAAAGAGCCACAUGGACCAAGAAACCAAAAGGACAUGUGCAAUGGCUUGACUGAAUGGCAAGUGUCUCCUAAAAUAAGCAACAGGGCCAGUAAACAAAAGAAUACAAAGGAUGGACAAUAAUGUUGUCCAAUGAACAAUUAAAAAAAUAUUUCAUUUGAAAAACCCUCAUAUAAAGCACUUUAUUUUUGAUUACUUAUGUUUCUUUAGGUGGGAAUUUAAUGUUUAAGAUAAUUAAUCUGAUUUCAAAGACAUCUAAACAGCUAAAGAGAACUUUGAAGAGAUUUCGAAACUAUAUAUUGUACAAUUCUGUAUAUUUCCACGUAGUCAAGGUAUUUUAUUGAAACUGUUAAAAAGUUAAAGAGACCAGACUUUUAUUGACUUCUAUUUAACAUAUGGAAUCAUAUACACAGGCAGUGAAAUAUUGCAUAUACAGAGUCUCACAAUAGCAGAAAAAUGUACAUUUUACUGAUAAAUGUUGAAUUCUCAGGGUGCUGAAUGUUAAAAGUAUUAUUAUAUACAUGCAUUGUUCAACCAAACCUCAACCAAGGUUAGCAUUGCAUUACAUGUAGUUCAUAUGCUAAAUGACACAAUUAUAUUUCAAAAUAUAUAAUUGCAGAUGUGUAAGAAUGGGCUAUUACCCAAAUCUAUAAUGAGAGACAUUCAGUUCAGCAGCAACCAUGACUGUAUAUUUUGAAAUGACUUAUUUAUUAAGUCAAAAGGUUUUCUUAUGCUACUAAGUGGUGCUUGAUGCUGCAUUUUACAUCAUAAAACAUCUUGCCAGAUGUGGUACUUAAAGCAUCCUUGACCAAGGUUUGUUGUAUGUUGCUACUGUAUUGUAACAUU